UAGGCUACUAAUUAUGUGUUACUGCUUUUUUAGUAAAUCUAACUUCUUGCGUGACCAGUCUAGUCCAAUUCCCGCACGAAUGACUUUUAUGAAGCGUUUUUUUUUUUUUUUUAGUGAAUCAAAAACAUACAACUACACCAGUGUAUUUCGUUCGGGUGGGUAUUGGAUGACUCUUUUGUGCUUGUUCUUUUUAAAGAGUCAAAACACACACUAACGAGUUGGUUUCAGUUCUUGAAAUUAUUUAACUCACUUACUGAACCGCAAGUUGGUCAUGUCCUACUCGAAAUUAUGCAAAACUGUUAAGGUGUUAUGAUAUCGCGUAAGAUUUAAAUCAGCAUGGUAACUGACUUGGUUGUUCAUAUGACAACGUGUACUAGAUUCGCACUAUGUGUUUCAAAUUUGUAUUAUGUAGUAUUAUAUUACAUAGUUUUAUAUUGAACAAAUAGUUGCGACCAAUUGUUGGAUUGCUUUUGAAAAAGCAAACUAUCUCAUAAUCAGGAAACAGACUGCUGACAGCAGUAAAUACAAUAAGAAUAGGGUUUUUACCCUUUCUCAAAAAGUACAAGAAGAACAGCGCUACGGAACUAGAAUCGUUUAGAUGAAUCGGAACCAGAAUCGACUCCUAUCCUUAGGUGGGUAUAGCUAUUCAACAAAAGGACAACAUUUCUCAGCGUUAAUGGACUGUGGUGAACUAAAGGCAUUCGAGUUGAAUAUGGAAUCUGUCCCACCAGAUGGAUGGAAUCAGCUGACACAAAGGAAUCAGCCGAAACUGAUCUGGUCGCAGAAGAUGCUUCAUCAAAUAUUUACUUCAAACACUUUCCACUUUGCUUUCUUUUUGACCAAACCAGAAUGUUAAUGUUCAAGAUUUUGGGAAUUUGGACAAGUUAUGACAGUCAAGAGUAUCUGUCCUCUCUCUAUUUGAGAUUUCACUUACUGUAUGUGCCAUAAAAGCGUAUAACAAUAAGAGCCAUAAUGCGUAUCAGCUUUUGCCAGGCUCUGUUAACUGGAGCAAUAAUUUUGAACUUGCUCAUCCUAUAUUAUGUCUCGCGGGCCCAGCAGCAGAUGAUGGAGAAGCGUCGGGAACAAGGUAAGGGCUUAAAGAAAGCCUCUCUUCCUGUGGCAGGACUGGGAGCUAUGGGUAAUCUGGUUGGUGGAAGCAUAGUUGGAGGCGUCAAAUUGGGAGGCCUUGAGGGCAACGUGCGUGGCCCACGCGUCACAAUCCUUGUUCGCGAAUUUGAAGACUUUGAGAACUAUGUUGGUGAUGUUGCUCGCUCUUUUCUGCGGCAGAGACCAGAGUUGCCCUUCCUUGCUGUAGCCGAAAGUCCACCGUACCCUCCUUUGGCUCUUCCGGAGGGAGCCCGGCUCCUUGUGUUGUCGCCAAGCCCUGACCAGCCUCCACAAACUCAUCGUCCCGAGUUCAACGUGCAGACGGAAUUUGCUUUAUUAGUUCCAGAUGGUGUGGAGCUGGACCACGGCCGACAAAUUGAGCGUCUCAUUCGGGAGCUGGAAGGGGAAGGUGGCGGGCCGGUCAGACUGGUUGCUGCUCCAGUGCUGACCCGCUCGGCUGUGCAGUGCCUGCACCUUCGGGUUAAUCUGCGGGAAUGGACCGCCACCUACACCCCUGCGGCCUCAGGGAGCAGCGGUAGCGUCUGCACAGCCCUGCAGGGAGACGCCGUGGUUCUUAUCCGUACCGAAGACCUCUUCAAUCUCUCGGUUCCUUUAGGUCGCCCCCUGAUGUCUUCCUUGUUUGUCCAAACAUCUCUGCGGGGAUGGAAGGUCAAGCUCCUGGAGGGACCUUCGUUCUCCGCCAGUCAUCGGCCGCUGUUUAGCUCUGCACACAACCAGUGGAAGGCCGAUAGUCGCCUGAAAGAUGCCACCAAUCACCUCAUGCGUAGCUUUGGCCUGAAGCGCAUAGUGUUGCCUGAUGGUCGAGAUCAGUGGUUUGGCUGCAGUAAAGAGACGCCACGAUGUUUCGGCACAGUGCGUGACGACACACCGGAAUACCUUUACAUAGAGCGCUGGACUCCACCCUGCUGCUUGCGCGCCCUCCGAGAGACCACUAAAUAUGUUGUCAACAUCUUGGAGAGCUCUGGCGUGCGUUACUGGCUGGAAGGGGGUUCUUUGUUGGGAGCUGCCCGACACCAGGACGUAAUCCCAUGGGACUAUGAUGUAGACUUGGGCAUCUACUUGGAGGACGUUCCGAAUUGCGACUACCUAAAGAACUUGGACUCAGGCUCACUGGUGGAUGCUAACGGCUAUGUGUGGGAGCGAGCGGUCGAGGGUGACUUCUACCGUGUGCAGUAUAGUGAAGCAAACCAUUUACAUGUAGACUUGUGGCCCUUCUACCCCCGUAAUGGAGUUAUGACCAGGGACACUUGGACUGAGCACAAACAAGAUGUGGAGUUCCCAGAACAUUUCCUGCAACCCCUGGUGCCACUGCCGUUUGCUGGCAUCACUGCUUAUGGUCCGAACAACCACCGUGCCUUCUUGGAACUCAAGUUUGGGGAAGGGGUUAUUGAGAACCCCCAGUACCCGAACCCUUCCAAGAAAAGGCUGGACAAGAGUCGCAUUUUAGGAUCAUAGAAAGCAGUAACUCAAUGUGACACAAUUGUGUAAUACGGCAUUUCUGACAUUUGAAAAUCUUUUGAACUUUGAAGAGUAUUACUACCAGACUAAAUGUCUCUGUCUGUAUCUGAACGCUUGAAUGUUAGUAUUUCUUGUCAAUUUUAUUUAUUAUAUGUGUGCGUUGUGGUCUGCUGAGUCACGAAUCUUUAAAUUGUCUAAAUAUACUGUAUGUAACAAUGGUAAUAAAAGUUCUGGAAGUCUAAGUAUGUAAUUUUUACACUGCUGAAUCCCAGGAAUGUCAAAAUGGUGUAAAGGUCAUAGCUUUUUUUUUAAUUAUAAUACAUGAUAUUAAUAUAUCCAUUUCUAUAGCAAUUAAACACAAAACAAAAGUUAGAAUUUUUAAACUGAUUGCCAGAGAAACGCACAUUUUAAAAAAGCCUACAUCAUGGAAAACUGAUUCAUGUUUGUAGGUCCACAAGUAAAACAUUUAAUAAACAACCCAGGCAGCUCAUUAAAACCUCAAAAUGACUUCGCUGCUUUUCAGAUGUAUAGUCAUCAUUAUACCACUAUGAACUGUAGAGUGUAGGAUGUUUUCAUUGACAUACGAGACUUGUAAACUGAUGUUGAAAGAGGCUGGAAUGCAAGAGAGGGUGGGUAAAUCGGAAAAUAGCUACUGUUUUAUGCACCUAUUCACUUUAUUAAUGAUACUUGCACCAGGUAAUUUAGACUGAUGUUGUUUUUUUUAUGCCAUAUGAAUUUUUUUGUUUAGUUUUCAUAUAAAUAAACAUGUUGCAUGAUUAAAAAACUUCACACUUUUGAUGUUUAAAUUUUGAAGGGUUUUUUUUUUUCUGUCAGACUGUUUUACCUAAAUUGUUGAUGAAUUGAACUCCUUUUUAACUGUUUUCUUUUGUCGUUUUGUUUGAUUUGGUUUUGGCACAAUGUGUUUCACAAAUGUACUUUGUAAUGUUCAGUAUAGUACAUUACAUAUGUAAAUGCAUAAAAAUAACAUUUACCACUUGCUGUGUCGUAACAUGUCAAUGCAUUACAAAUGUCUGGAAAUGAACCACAUGGAAUUACUUUUGAGUUUUUAAUUUGGUGUUCAUGGUGUUGGAUGUUGCAGGACAAGUGGAAAUAUAGUUACUGUAAAAUGAACCACAAGGUGGCGCAGUAGGCCAUGAAGUCUUCAAACAUGCUGAACAAUAAUUCGUUCAUUCUAAUUCUGAUAAUUCAUUCAUUCUAAAUCAAACCGAGACAGGAGCCUUGUAACACCUUAAAGGGGUUUAUUUUGCGAUAAUGACCAACUGACUAUACAAUAUCAUGCUUAUUAAAGGGCUUCUUUCCAAAUAAAUAAAUGCACUGACAUAAUUUGAGUCAUGAAAUUUAAAUUCGAGUUGAAAUUAUGUGAGAAGAAAGACUGGAUUGAUAUGAGAAACUAGCACAGCUAUAUAUAGGAAAUCAGCAACCAGUCUUCCAGAGAGCUGUAAAAUAAACAUGAUAUAGACAAUAAGAAAUAUGAUAACCAAACAAGUGGUUAUCCUUUGGUUAGUUGUAAAAUUCUCUGGCAUGCAAUAUGUACAUCAUUAUACUGAAUAAGCCCCAGUAUAGGCCCCAAAUGGGUUUGUCCAUGGGUUCUAUGUCAGCCCUAUCUGAAUUAGCCCCAGUAUGGGCUCCGAAUGGGUUUUCCACGGAUUUCAUGUCGGCCCUAUUUGAAUUAGCCCCAGUAUGAGCCCCAAAGGCAUUUUUUUUCCAUGAAUUCCAUGUCAGCCCUAUCUGAAUAAGUCUCAGUAUGGGCCCCAAAUGCAUUUUUUUUACAUGGGUUUCAUGCCGGCCCUAUCUAAAUUAGCCCCAGUAUGAGCCCCAAAUGGGUUUGUCCUUGGGUUUCAUGUCGGCCCUAUCUGAAUUAGCCCUAAUAUAGGCCCCAAAUAGAUUUGUCCAUAGGUUCUAUGUCGGCCCUAUUUGAAUUAGCCCCAGUAUGGGCCCCGAAUGGGUUUUCCACGGGUUUCAUGUCGGCCCUAUCUGAAUUAGCCCCAGUAUGAGCCCCAAAUGGGUUUGUCCAUGGGUUUCAUGUUGGCCCUAUCUGAAUUAGCCCUAAUAUAGGCCCCAAAUGGGUUUGUCCAUAGGUUCUAUGUCGGCCCUAUUUGAAUUAGCCCCAGUAUGGGCCCCAAAUGGGUUUUCCACGGGUUUCAUGUCGGCCCUAUCUGAAUUAGCCCCAGUAUGAGCCCCAAAUGGGUUUGUCCAUGGGUUUCAUGUCGGCCCUAUCUGAAUUAGCCCUAAUAUAGGCCCCAAAUGGGUUUGUCCAUAGGUUCUAUGUCGGCCCUAUUUGAAUUAGCCCCAGUAUGAGCCCAAAGGCAUUUUUUUCCAUGAAUUCCAUGUCAGUCCUAUCUGAGUAAGUCUCAGUAUGGGCCCCAAAUGCAUAUUUUUUUUUUUUUUUUAAAUGGGUUUCAUGUCGGCAUUGUGUAAAUUAGCCCCAGUAUGGGCCCCAUAUGGGUUUGUGGAUCGGUUUCAGCCUGUACACUAGGUUUAUCUAUGGUUUCCAUGUUAGCCCUGUCUGAAUUAGCCCCCAAACCCACUUGGGGCCCAUAUACAUUGGCCCCAACAUGUAAUGUCAGCUGGGAACUCAUAAGACAGACAACAUCACAGUUUAUUUAAAAAAAAUUCUUUAUUCCGAAGUCUGUGUGGAGUACAUUCACUGGUUCUCUUAACAGUACUCUUUGGCUCUGCUGAUGACAUCAUCAAGCAACCAUUUAUGAUACAACCACGUUAAACCCACAUAUAUCCGCAACAACAGAGCAGCUACACUACAGCCACCUGGAAUGAAAAGCCUUUACAGUACUGCACGUACUGCAGGCUUUUAAUGGAGUGAAGUCAGUCAGCAGAACAGAUGGAUUUUAAAUAAUACAUUUGAUUUGAAAUACAUCUUGAGCACUAACAGAACAGAAAAGAUAGACUGAUAAUAGUGCAGAUAAGCACUCUAUUAAAAUGUUUGUGAGCAAAUACAAAAAAAAAAGAUUAAUGUUUAUCUUUGGUCGGAUUUAACUGCACAUCGAUCAACUGUGAGUCAAACUUAAGUGAUUUCUACAGAAAUUAGCUAUUAUGUCGACUUUCUUCUCAUCACUGACAAACAUUUGGUCAACAUACAGUACACUAGCGAACAUCUUGCACCCUGUCACCUGAUAUUUUCCUUCUGCUGGUGUGUUUAGGUUGAACAUAUAUAAAACAUUUCUUAAAACAAACAAACAAACAAACAAAAAACACUUUAGAAUAAAGUAAUUCUGCUAGUUAACAGAAUAUUCUGCCUGAUUCCUCCUCAUAAAAUUCAAUACCUUCUGAAAAUGACAGGCAUUCCAUAUUUGUGCUCUUCUCCAAAUAACAUGCAUAGUAAAUUCAUUUCUGUUUUUUUUUUAACAAAAAAAAGGAUAUGCAAACAAUCCCCCCCCCCCAAAUUCUU